UCUCCCUGCGGGCUCCGUUGCCCGCCUUCUUUCCGCGCUCCGCCAGCGGCCCGCGGGCCGAGGGUAAUGGGCGGCCUCUUGGGGCGCGCGGCGCUGCCGGGGUUGCUGAGCGGCCCGCGGGCCGCAGGCCCAAGCCUGCUCGCACGCCCCAGCUCGGGAGGGUCUUCCUGGACCCGGGAGCGGACCCUGGUUGCAGUGAAGCCAGAUGGGGUGCAGCGGCGACUCGUUGGGGAUGUGAUCCAGCGCUUUGAGAGGAGGGGCUUCAAGCUGGUAGGGAUGAAGAUGCUGCAGGCGCCAGAGACAGUCCUUGCCGAGCACUACCAUGACCUGCGGAGGAAGCCCUUCUACCCAGCCCUCAUCAGCUACAUGACCUCCGGCCCCGUGGUGGCCAUGGUCUGGGAAGGCCCCAACGUGGUCUGCUCCUCGAGGGCCAUGAUAGGACACACCAACUCAGCUGAGGCUGCCCCCGGCACCAUCAGGGGGGACUUCAGCAUCCACAUCAGCAGGAACAUCGUCCACGCCAGCGACUCCGUGGAGGGGGCCCAGAGGGAGAUCCAGCUAUGGUUUCAGAGCAGUGAGCUCGUGGACUGGGCAGAAGAAGGCCACCAGAGCAGCACCUACCCAGCCUGAGCACCCAGGCUGCCCUCAGCCACCCGGGAUCAACUACCUCUGUAGACAAGAACUUGAGCCCACACUGCGGUCUGCCCUUCUGUCCCAGACCACCUCCCUGUCUACCUUCUGCCCCACCCCAGCCCAGAGGGGUUGAAUAACCAACUUUAUGUGCCUUUUAAUAUCCUAGCCAGUAACAACUUGGACCAAGUUCUUUCUGUACCAAAGUGCCAGACUGACAGUCUUUGGGGCAUCUCCAAGAGUGGGUACUGUGACCUCCCUUCCCCCAAAGCCGGGGGCUGGGGGGGGGGUGACAUUAAAAUUCACUGUGUUGUGUAUGGGGUGGAUUGCUUGUUAGUUUGUGCCAUCUCUGAGGUAGGGAUGAGGACGAGGACUUUAUGCAGUUAUGAGUUUGAGUGUUGAAAUAAAGCGUACCUUCUCACACAUCA